AUGAAAAUGCUUUGGAAACUGACGGAUAAUAUCAAGUAUGAGGAAUGUGAGGAGCGCCACGACAGUACCAGCAACGGGACAGCCCGGUUACCCCAGCUGGGGACCGUGGGUCAGUCUCCCUACACCAGCGCCCCACCGCUCUCGCACACCCCCAACGCCGACUUCCAGCCCCCCUACUUCCCCCCCCCUUACCAGCCCAUCUACCCCCAGUCUCAGGACCCCUACUCCCACGUGAACGACCCGUACAGCCUCAACCCCCUCCACGCCCAGCCACAGCCCCAGCACCCAGGAUGGCCGGGACAGAGGCAGAGCCAGGAGACGGGGCUGCUCCACACGCACCGGGGUUUGCCCCACCAGCUCUCGGGGCUCGACCCGCGCAGGGACUACCGGCGGCACGACGACCUGCUGCACGCCCCGCACGGGCUGGGCUCGGGGCUGGCCGACCUGCCCCUCCACUCCAUCCCCCACGCCAUCGAGGACGUGCCGCACGUAGAAGACCCCGGUAUUAACAUCCCAGAUCAAACUGUAAUUAAGAAAGGCCCCGUGUCCCUCUCCAAGUCUAACAACAACGCCGUCUCCUCCAUCCCCAUCAACAAGGACGCGCUCUUCGGCGGGGUGGUGAACCCCAACGAGGUCUUCUGCUCGGUGCCGGGCCGCCUCUCGCUGCUCAGCUCCACCUCCAAGUACAAGGUCACGGUGGCGGAAGUGCAGAGACGCCUGUCGCCGCCCGAGUGCCUCAACGCCUCCCUGCUGGGCGGAGUGCUCCGGAGGGCAAAGUCUAAAAAUGGAGGGAGAUCUCUGAGGGAGAAACUGGACAAAAUAGGACUAAACCUGCCAGCCGGGAGGCGUAAAGCUGCUAACGUUACCUUGCUCACAUCGCUCGUGGAGGGAGAAGCAGUACAUCUAGCUAGAGAUUUUGGGUACGUUUGUGAGACAGAAUUUCCUGCCAAAGCAGUAGCUGAAUUUCUCAACCGACAACAUUCCGAUCCAAACGAGCAAGUCACAAGAAAAAACAUGCUUCUAGCUACAAAACAGAUCUGUAAAGAGUUCACCGACCUGCUGGCUCAGGACCGAUCUCCCCUGGGGAACUCGCGGCCCAACCCCAUUUUGGAGCCGGGCAUCCAGAGCUGCCUGACCCACUUCAACCUCAUCUCGCACGGCUUUGGGAGCCCGGCGGUGUGUGCUGCCGUCACCGCCCUGCAGAACUAUCUCACCGAGGCACUCAAGGCCAUGGACAAAAUGUACCUCAGCAACAACCCCAACAGCCACACAGACAACAGCACCAAAAGCGGCGACAAAGAGGAGAAGCACCGAAAGUGAGGAUCCCCCCCACACACGCUCCUCUCCCUUCCCCCUCAUAGCCCAUCGAUCCAUUCAUGUCCCUCCUCCCUCUCCCGGGCACC